UACUUCAUAAAAGAGAUAGUUGUUAUACUUGAUGAAAGUUUUCUGUCCGCACGAUUGUGCCGGGACUCGAAAGGAGAAAGAGAACGGGAAGAGGCAGUUUUGCAAAGUGGUACUGCUUCACACGGUACACACCUGCAGCCGGUUGCUGCAGCGUUAUAUUGUCGAAUUUUUCUCGUAUCACGGAUAUUUUAACGAAUGAAAUUUGCGAGGCAUUUAAGUUUAUGGCCGCGCCGGUUUGAAACCAGUCGUUCGAGAAAAGAAACCACAAUGAUGACUGUAUAGGAAAUGUGUGUGUAUCGAACACAAAGUUGAUUACGAUUGCCAGGGAUCCGACGUGGCGCGAAAGAUAUUUAUAACGACAUUUAAAGAAAUGCGCAUAAGCAAAUAGUUUGUUGAAAUACCUAACCUUGAAGUUUCUAUGAGAAAGAUAUUAACAAAUACAUGUAAUGAAAAACAUUUGCAUAUCCAUAUAUAAUGGCUCAAAGUGUAUGAAAACUUUUUGCAAAAACACGUUUGUGGAUGUAUUAUGUUACACAUAGUUUUAAUUUUUUCACGAUAGAAUCUUAUCACAAUUCCAUUUUAAAAUAUUCUAGGUGUGCCUGUCAUAUAUAUUCAUAAAAGAUUUCUGUAAAUGUUCAGUUAUUAACGUAUAAUGAAGUAAAAAUACAGUUGAUGGUCUAUAGUUCGACUAUUUUUCUAGCAAUGGAUCUAAAGAUUUCGGUUUUGCACGAUCCGACUCAUUGGCGACAGCCGAGUUACGGUACCCGACAUACCAAUGUGUUCCACCGAGCAUCAGGCUGUUCUCUCGCGUACGCGUUCACAUGCAAAACGAUUUACAUAUAUUCCUUACCACCUUUUUUCCGACCUAUCUAUCUACGUAAGGUAUACGCAAAGCACCUCGAACUUACAUCAAGCUUCACCUUUGAAUUAUUCAGCGAGCGUCACCUUGAGCGGCGACGUGCAAGUGUAGGCCGCCCUCUGUUUCUGUCUUUUUUCCCCCCCUUUGUACAGAGCACGUGCGGACAAAUUCGUGAUGUCUUUCACGAUGACUUGGAGGCAGUCCAUGCGACGUGUCGAGAAGAAUAUGAAUAUCCAGCUACGCCAAUCAGAUACUGGCUCGGCUCACGAACACUCCUUAAGUUUUAAGCUACUACUAUGACUUUCCUUUGUUCGGAAAAGAUAAAUAUAUAGAUUUAUCUUCGAUUAUUUUUAAUUGUAACACGUAUACUGAUGAGAAAUAAGAAGAGUUUUAUAUGAGGAACGAUGGCAAAAAUAGAAACAUCAAUAAUUGAUUGCACAUCUCUAAAUCCUCAAUACAGUAAGAGAAGUCGUGUUACGAAAUAUUUUAAAAUUCCCUCCAUGUAUUUUCCAGGAGAAUGAGUCAUAAUCGCAUCUUCGCAUUGAAAACAUAUUGGUUAAGUAACUAUAAAGUUUACUGAGUGCUAAUUACAGCAAUAUCGCGUUAAUGACUCAUUGGUGAUGAAAGAUUAUAAUAAGUUAAAUAACAAAUAAUCAGAUUGGUCAAGUAUGUGCAAAUUCCUUUCAAUCGUAACACGUGAACAACUAAGAUUACAAUCAGGCGAGCUGAAGACUCAUGCAGAAAGUUUCCAUAUCGGAGAAAGUCCAUAGAAUAAUAAAGCAUGGUAUUGUAUGAUUUUAUCCAUUUCUCACGUAACUGUUGAUACGUCUUUUUUUUUCUUUGAACAACUGCAAGUACCUAUAUUUUUGUCGAGCUUUUCCCAGCCAUGUACAAUGUAAGCGUGUAUUUAGCUUAAAGCCAUAUAUUGCAGCAAUUACCGGUUUUGGUGCAAUGGUUACAGCUUUCUUUUUUUCUUUAACACCGGCUAACAAAAUUCAGUUUCAGAUAACCAGAGUAAAAGUCGCUUUAAGACACGGAAGAACGAAUGAGUUUUAUUAUAGAGAAAUGUUGGUAACAUUAUAGCCCUCUUUUUUCUUUACUAUACUUAAUUAAACGGGUUAAGAUGUGAAGAAUAUCAUGUACUUACUCGAUGAGGAUAAGCUAAAUGCCACGUGACGUUGAAGUUACUCCCAGAUAGCAAAGUAGUUUUAAUAUUGCCUGAAACAAAAAUGAGUGCAUUAUGCAAUUAUGUUGCGCACGCUAUUCUAUACAAAUUUUCACGAUCGUACGGAAACUUGUAAUUUCUCAUGAUCAUCGAUUUAAAUAGGGAACCUUAGAAACAAUGAAAAGUUAAUAUUCAUUAGAGUAACGAGAUACCAUAAUUUAUGACAAUCACCGGAAACAUGUGUGCAGGAAGAUCAGCGAAAUCUUGAACGCAAAUACUGCUAUCUACGACUAGUCAGAAAAUAAAAAAAGAAGCAGAAAAAUCACUUCUCUAUAAACAUUUUCUAUUUCCGUCAUCACAUAUGUAAUAAAUAAGUAGAUCUAUGAAGAACUCUGUGAUAUAUUCAGCACUUCGUGCAAACAAUUAUUUUGAAAGCAUGAAAUAAUUCUUAUCAUUAAAAGAUUACAAAAAUUCAAUUACAUAUAAGGCGUGAGAGAAAACUAGCAUAAAGGCGAAUACUUAUUCGUAUCAAUAAUCGUAUUAGUUAUCGUGAAAACAAAUAUGAACAUAACCAGCGAUUUCACAUUCUUCAUUUGCUUGAAGCCAAAUAAUUUACUGGAUUAGCAGCAGUUCACGUUCCACGGCCAAUCCUUUUACGGAUUCUUUUCCUUUUUCCCCACUUCUCUCCGAAAAGAAAGCUCGCAUUCCCCUUGCUCGGUAUUAAACUUGCCGUCGAUUAAAUUGUGAGAGACUAUUCAGACAACAUAGGCUUGGAGAAACACAGAAUUACAACUGAUAUUUAUAUGCAUGUGUGUAGAAGUUUUGUAACUAUAUAAAUCCAAUAUAUUUGUUUAUUUUAGAAGGAUAAUUAAUACGAUACUACGGUAGCUGAUAGAUGAAACACAUAUGAUCCAUUGAUAUGGAUCAGAAGAUUGACUACUAUAUAUGUGAACAAUAUCAUCUACAAUAGCAUAAUCAAUAUUGCUAAGGAUCUUUCUACGUUUGUAAUUUUGUAAAAAGCCAGAGGUGAUAUUUUCAAGCUGAAGCAUAUUCUUUUCCCAGCAACGUCCUUCUAUCCGGAUAACGAUGCAUUUAAAGUUCACGUACUUUCCGCGACUACGCGAGAGCUCGUGAGGAGAAAAAAGGGGUACGUGCGGUUGCAACGCGGAGGUAACACGUGGAAGGUAAUGGCCGAGCAGCCGAGGUUCGAGUUCUCUUCGUGCAAGUCGGUGAAAGUCAUUUCGAAUCAGACUGGCAAGCUGUUCCCAUCAAGGCAUACCUUCGUAUUUGUUAUUCUUUCAUAGAAUCCUUUUAUCUCUUUUGUGUACGUUUCGUAACUAUAUCAUCGUAUUUCAUACUAACUGAUAACAUUAUUGCCCUUGAGAAUUCCUAUUGAGAAGAUUUGCGAAAAUUUACACAAGCCAAUUUCUGGUCCAUGGAUCGUGCAACAUAUAGCUUGUAUCUUGCUCACUUGCAUAAUCGGUAAUAUUAUUAAAUAGGAUUCAUUGUCAUUUGUUUCUAUGUAACACGAUGCAUUGUUUUAAAUUUCAUCGAGUUGUUUUUUCUGUUUGCUGAGAGAGGGAAAGGGCAUGACUCGGCUUUUCCUAAUUUAUUUAUUAAAAAAAGGUCAUAUUUGAAAAGAGACACUAGGGAAUUUCAAUGAUACUUAUGCUUCUUUUUGCAAUCGCUUGCUAUUUGGAUAUUUUGUUAAAAAAUUAGAAUCUUUAACUGAGUUACAUGUUUCCUGGCAUGAUACGAUUGAUUUGUUUAGCAUAUUAUAUUAUAAAAUGAUGUGUUAUUAAAUAACGCAACAAGAAGAUUUUCCUUGAGUAUCUAAUAUAAGAUAUGACACUGUUUUAUUGUUGCAUAGUUAUUUAGAAUAAAAAAUACAUGAUUACAUAUAUAUGUAUUUAAACCUAAUCGUCAGACUAUACUUUUUAAUAGUUCUAAUUGGCUAAUUAAUUUCAGGAUCUUAAUAAACCAUCAUCUAGCAGCUAUUAUUAUUACACCAUCUUAAUGAUAUGUACGUCAACCUGACAAGCUUGAAACUAAGGAGGUCAAGGUUUAUUGCAAUACCAUUGCUCCAAGAGAGGAAACCGAUAUUAUAUUUCAUACCAAUUAAUUACACUAAUACACCUUACAAAUUGUACUUUGUAAAUUCAACCACUUAUUUUUAGACAUCUCUAUAUAAAUAACAAUUAUACAGAAAAAAGGAACACUCACCACGAGGCAUUCCACAUGGACCAGGUGUUCUGGCGUUGUCCAGAAAAUCCAAGUCAUACUUCCUCGCGCGUGGAAAAGUCAACGCGACGUGUCCUUGUACUUCUCUGAACGAUACCACUGUUAAUACCAAUAGGAUUAGUCUCAACACAAUCAUGGAACACGUAUUCGAUGACAUUUUCAAGGUUGAACGUGGCGAUACGCUCACAGCCUCGUCGUUUUCACGUUCGAUUCCACGCAGCUAAUCGUUCUGAGAAUUUUCCUCUCAAACUCCUAAGCCCCUCUAGCUGAUUUUUCCUGAUGCUCGGCAUGGGCACCCUUCAUUAAUUAAUCCUUCGCGUCUCAGUGAGGCCAAUAAUCUGAAAAAAGAAGAAAUUUCUUAGCUCGUUGAUCGAAUCUUUGUAACGUUUCACUUUUCCUAAAAAGUAUGGACGUUUCAACUACGUAUUUUUUUUUCAUCGGUUGCUUUGCUUUAUAAGGCUAAACUACAUUGAAAAUUAGAGCCUCUAAUGGAUAAUUACCAUUUGCAAAUAUACGCGAAGUCGAGGUCAGUUUUUGACGUUCGUGUAAACUUGUUCAACCAAUAUUGAAUAAAUUGUUCUACUCCAUGUAAAUUAAUUAAUCAAAAGAGAUUGCGAUUAUGCGAAAAAGACACCCCAUGAUCGUUGAAGAAAAUCAUAACGGUUUCUCGAUCGGAAGAAUCGUGAGCUGGCAUGUGAAAUAUUUCUUUCUCUCUCUGAUUGGUGAGAGCGUAAUUGUGUAAGAUAAACAAGGAUAGACUAUAGAAGCGCGCGCAGAUAAUAAAAAAUGGCGGAAUGCUCAAGAGUGGAAUGAACGAAAGAUAGAAAUAACAGUUAUUUUUAAAAAUUUGCAAAAAAAAGAAUAGUGCCAUUGAGGAAAAGGUUAUUGCAACAGUGAUAGUCCUUGAAACAAAGAAAAAAAAGAGGCAGUUCAUGAAACAAGAAACGUGAAAUCAAAUAGCUAGCUGCGAGGGAGGAAGGAGCAAGGACGAAAGACGUGUGCAUCGAGAUAAGUGAAAGAAAUAAUUAUAACGAUUCAUCAAGCAAGAUGCGAAAUUUAACGCCAAAGAAAUAAUCUUCUUGAAAAGUUGACUCACGAAGAGAUGUUAUAUCUUGUGCUGACUAAUGUUAUAACAAGAUAACAAUGAAAAAAUAUAAAAAUAUCUACAUGCAACGCGGCACAACGUUUCCAGCAAAUGAUUACGGCAACUGUUUCUACGCACAUUGCGACACCAGGGAUCGGAUCUCAUUCUGAGGAAUCUCAAUGUGGCCUCACUGCGGCCUCAGAAUGGCCUCAGAACGGCCUCAUCGAUGAAGUACGCAACUUCUACUUGGAAGGUGCAAUUCACUAGCAGACUAGCGGAGAUGAGCGCGAGUAGUGGGAGGAUACACUGCUGGAGUGAGAGAAGAGGAGGAGGAGGAGGAGGUCUUCAAAAGGAAUGGGAGGAAACGGAGUUGCAAGGCUCGCGUAUAGGACGCGGAGUCUACGAUAUUGGCAAAAAUAGAAAUUAUCUCAUCAAGAUAGAAUUCAGAUUGCUUUCAACAUUUUUCGUUCGUUAAUUCCAAGAAAUCAACAAGUUCCUGCGACUUUUGGGAAAUGCUAAAGAUAGAUUUUUAUGGCAUGAAGAGACAUGAUAAAUUUCGUAUAAGAAUAAACGCAGAACGCUGUUUUAUAAAAUAGGGCGGAAUAAUUUACACUUAUUAUGUCUUUCAAUCAAUCAUUUUACGAUAUUAAUAUAUUAAUUUAUAUGCUGGGAGAUGCAAUUAAUUAGAAAUUUUUAGAGAUUCGGUUACACUGGAGGAGAGAUUAAUUAACAUUCCAGUUGAUGGGACGGUAUCGAUGAACAGCUAGCUCACGCUUGUGCGUGGAGUUUCGACUUGUGUAGCUGUUGUGCAGAAGGUGAGGUAAGAGCUGAACCAUGGAGUUACAGAAGAGGGGAAAGAAACAGCCACGCAGGGAAAACGAUCCUUGGACAGCUCGUGGAAAACGAGUUGACAUUCCAGUGAACACCGAUGUCGUUGUCCUUAACGACGACGUGUCUGCUCGUUUACUUGUUCGCGCUCUAAAUGCCGCCUAUGUGUCCCGAUCCUAUGUGUGAUCUUGAGAAAAUGUUUUAACUUUUUCCUUGCUCUCGUGUCGAUCCUUUUUCGGGAUAACUUAUAAACUGACGAGAGAACACUAAAUAAUACAUAUAACAAUCGCUAAUGAUCAAAAAAACGGUUAAAAAAAAGAUUUCCUUUUAGAUUCCUAAGUACAAACUGAGAAUAAUAUAAAUUACGGAUGAUAAUUAAUAUGGCAAUUGGAUAAAAAAUUUGUAUCAAGGUCGAUUGGAAUAUCACGAAAUUCUAAGAUGUAUACAUCAAAUUUGAAAGGCCAGAAUUAUAUAUUUC